UUCAGGUUUCGUAAGUGGGACAUGGGCAUAAUGUUCUAUUGUUCCAUCUAUACUUAGUGAAUUAGACUAAUACAGUUGCUAUAAAACAGAACAUUUUGGAGAUAAUCAGCAGGUCAGACAAAGUGAGACAGAGAGGAAACCUUUCACAUACUUUACGACAUUUUCUAUUUUCAAUGUUGAAGAGGGAAACAAGGAACAGCACAUGCUGGUUUACCAUUUUGAUGGAAGUUGUCGAGAAUACCUCCCGGUCGGUAGAUGUCGUUGCCUUUGGAGGAGUAACUAGGGGCGCCGGACGGAGAUGAUGAAGCAAAGAUCCUAAUAAUAGCAGAAGUGGUCAAAGAUAUUAGAAGAGCUCCUCUAUAAUCUUUGGAAGUGGUGACGAGUCCGUGAGCUGCACGGAGUUCAAUUCAAAUGGCCACCUCCAGUCGGUAUUUACAAAAUUCAAAGGAGCAAGUUCUGGCAAACCUGGCUAAUUUUGCAUAUGAUCCCAGUAACUAUCAGUAUCUUCGACAGUUGCAAGUCAUUGAUCUGUUUCUGGACAUGCUUACAGAAGAAAAUGAAAGAUUUGUAGAAUUUGGAAUCGGUGGCCUCUGUAACUUGUGUCUAGAGAAACAGAACAAAGAAUAUAUUUUACAGAACAAUGGAGUUCAGGCAGUGCUGGACUGCUUAUCCAGCUCUAAUGAAGACACUGUGCUAUCUGCAAUUACCACAUUAAUGUACCUGACGACACCUUUGUCCCAACAAGAAAUUACAGCAGUGCCAGUUAUUCAGUGUAUGCUACGCUUUUCUCUGUCCAAAAACAAACGUUUGAGUAACUUAGCAAAUCUGUUUCUCGAAGACAUCUGCUCCGCAGAUGAUGUAGAAAAAGCCAGAAAUGUGCAGAAUCACACAGCUCUCGGAAUACCACUUCCAAAAGAAUAGGCUCAGAAAAUUCUGCAACUUCUAGGAAGGACUACACAGGCUUGUCAUAGUCUGAAGCAAUGCCAUCACAAAAAUAGCACAUGGUUUCUUUGCUCCAUCUGAAUUGCUCUGUGUUUCAGUUGUUUGUGGUUCAAUGUCCUGCUAUAGAUGCCAUUACUGUUAAAAAUUAUAUGGAGGGACUUAUUCCUCUUGUUGAUGGAUAUAAAGAUUCCAUAACAUUAUUUUGAAAAAGGGCAGGUGAGUUUUCUUCUACAAUAAUUAUAAUGAUAAAUAAAAAUAAAAUCAUUAUAGUAUAAUAUGUCAAUAUAAUAUAAUAAUUAAAUCACUUCAAGUGAUCAUUAUACUAUGAUUUGUGGAAGUUUGUGUUCACUAAUUGGCUGUCACAUUUUCUAAAUUUAUAACAGUGACUAUUUCAGGAUAUUCUUCAAUGAGACCUGUGAAAAGGAUUUGAAAUGUGAUUCAUAAAUGCCUUUAUUACAAUAAGAAUGCUCCAUUAUCUUUCAUUAAUAAAUUGUAAACUUAUUAUAUUUCCACAUCCUCCACAUGAUGUUGAUGUUGCAUAGUUUGCAUGAGCAGGCAGAUUUAGGCUGACAGUGUGCAUUCUAUCAUGCUGAAGGUGUCAUCCUUCAGCUGAGAUAUGCAAACUUGAUUCUAUUCCAGAGAUUUCUCCCAGUGUCUUAUUUUAAACCACAGUCUUGACAAAGAAUAUACAUAUUAAAAA